AUGAUACGACAGAGGAUCGGUUUUAUAGAGAAGCAUAUAUAACGCAACACCCAGUACCACUUUUCAGACAUCUCGAUUAUCUUCCGAAACAUGACAAAUCUGCCACCAACCGCCAACAACAAGCUUCACGGAAAGGUGGCAAUAGUCACCGGUGGAGCCAGCGGCAUCGGCGAAGCCACAGCUCGCCACAUCAUCAACGAUGGUGCACGUGCAGUAGUCAUAGCCGAUGUACAGGACGAGAAGGGUCAAAGCGUCGUCGCUUCGAUCGGCUCCGACCGCUGCACCUACAUCCACUGCGAUGUUACCGAUGAAAACCAGGUAAAGUCUCUAGUUAAAUCCACUGUUUCUAUCUACGGCCGCCUGGACAUCAUGUUCAGCAAUGCCGGGAUUGCCACCGUCACCAGAAACCAAACCGUAUUGGACCUGGACUUGUCGGAGUUCGACAAGGUCAUUGCAGUGAACACGAGGGGAAUGGCGGCUUGUGUGAAGCACGCGGCGCGUGCAAUGAAGGAAGGAGGGGUAAGGGGAAGCAUAAUAUGUACGGCGAGCGCGUUGGCGAGUCGUGGGUACAAAACAUGGACAGACUAUGUGAUGUCGAAGCACGCGGUGAUCGGGCUGGUGAGAUCAGCGAGUUUGCAGCUCGCCGGCGACGGGAUUCGCGUGAACUGCGUGUCGCCGGGAUUGGUGGGGACACCGUUGACGAUGAGGGUGUGGGAAGUGAAGGAGGAGGAAGAAAUGGAGAAGGUGGUGGAGAAGUUUUCAAGCUUGAGAGGGGUUCUGGGAGAGAAGCAUGUGGCUGAUGCGGUGUCGUUUUUGGCUUCAGAGGAGUCAGAGUUUGUGACUGGGCUUGAUUUGGUAGUCGACGGUGGGUUCAUUGCUUGACCAACCUUAUUCUAUUAUUUUCGUUUUAUCUCUAUUUAUCUGUUGUACUUUGGAUUGAACUUGUAUGGGGAUUGAAGGUGAAAGGGGUUUAAAAUAUGGUUUUAACUGUAAUAAAAAUAUUUGAAAAUCCAUUAUAUUGAAAUCUCAUAUGCUUUUGUUUGCA